AUGCGCGCGCGACGCUGGGGAGCCGCCGCAGCGAGCGACCGCGGCCCUCUGGCGUGCCUCGACCCCAAGCCGCGGGCCGAGGCUGUAACCACCAGUCUCGUGAGGGGGCGCGGCACGCCGACCACAGGCACUCUCGCUGCGUGUCUGCCGUCGCGGGCGCUGGCAGAGGCGGUGCCGGGAGAGCGCUCCACGGCAGCAGCGGAUAUGCGGUGCGCCGAGCGCAUGCAGGCGCCGUUGGGGCUCGCACGACGUUGCAUGAUGAGCUGGCGGCGGUGGGCUCACAGGCGUCGCAUUUUAGCGGCUUUGCAGGGAAUACAGGCGCGGGCCGUUACCAGCCAUCUAUUAUCGAUCUUCUACAGGUGGUUCUUGUUCGCCACUCGCGCCGCUGCUGUACGACACCUGGAGCAUUCACUCGCACGAGAGGCGUUUGUGUCGCUUGUCUGUCGAUAUUGGCAACGCUGGCGGCUGGCUGCGCGGCUUCGGCGGAAACGGUCCCAGCAACUUGCUCGCUUGCGUGGCAUACGGUACGAGGCCGAACGGUCGCUGGCGUGGCGCCACUGUGUUCAAUGGCGUGCCGCGGCGGAACGACGGGUCGAACUGCGUCGGAAGGUGGCGGCUGUGUCUGAGUCAUGCACAAUUCGUUUAGCUCACAACUACUUUGCAGCAUGGGUGCGAUGGCGGCAGAGGAAUUUGCACACAAAGCAGUUGAGACUCAUUGCGCAUGCGGCCUACCGUUCUCUGGCUCGACGCACGCUACAGAAGUGGAGCCUGCUUGUUUCCCGCAGCAUUGUUGCCUGGGACAUGGAGAGGCGAACGCUAGAGUCGUUUGUGCAGGGGUUCUUCCUGCGUUGGCGGCGAUACGCUUCCCUCUGCAAGGCGCUUUGUCGCAUUGGGCAUGCAGCCUACUGGCGUGUGGCGCGUCGGGCGUUUCACAAGUGGAAGCUGUGGUUUGUACGCAUUGUCGUCGCGUUGCAGCUUGAGCGGCGCAGCUUGCUGCCUCUUUUGCAGGUUUAUUUCUUUCGCUGGGUGAUGCUGCGCCGUGUGCGUCGCUUGGAGUACAACGCAUUCGUCUCUUCUCUGCUGCACUAG